GACUCAGAAAGGAGGAAGGCAGACUAUAAGAAUACCGACUUGAAGCAAACUGGGAUCAGAGCAAAAGUUUUUUCCUUUCGAGACAUCGUGGGGGAGCCUGAAUGCGAGCACCGAACAACAAGCAGCAACAGCGAGAACCUCAGCAGCCAUGAAGAUUCAAGCUCUUGUCAUCCUCCUGCUCUUCACCUGCAUGUACCUGAGUGUGGCACAAGGCUCAUUCGGAAACUGCUGCCUCGGCUACGUUAGACACAUUGGAAAACGUGCAAGGAACAUUGAGAGCUACAGGAUACAGGAAACAGAUGGCGAUUGCAACAUCAGAGCGGUUGUGUUUACGAUGAAAAAGAUGUACAAGGGAUCAAAGGUGACCGUUUGUGCCAAUCCGAAUGACAGCUGGGUGCAGGACCAGAUGAGGAAUGUGGACCAAAAAAGACAGAGAAGAGCUUCUUAAAGGAAAAACACCAGAGACAAGAGAAAAAAGGGGCCGUUUCACCUCCCUGUCAGGCGUCGUUUGUCAUCUUUAAUCGCACAGAUUCUGUUUCAGUCAUUUUAUAUUUCCUCUUGCUGAUGGAGAAUGUAAAUCACAUAAGCCGUCUUUUAUACCAUAAACUGUGUUCAGAAGAUUAUAGCCAGUAUCGAAAAUUUCAUUUAUAUGAGCCAUUACUUGGAUAUUGUUCACUGCUCUGUGAUGUGUAGUGCCUGCUAAGAAUGAGCCAUCCUCUGGCAGCUUUAAAAUGUGAGUAAAUGUGUGUCUGUGAUUAAAAAAAAACACCUUAGUGAUAAGCUGAUUUUACUUUUUCUGUAUAUACAUAUAAUAAACUUUCCUUGUUUUGCAUCUGCACUCCAAAUGUACAUUAUUUUCAUACAUUUAAUAAAAAAAAUUGAUAAAACAAAA